AAUUUCAUUGAUCAUUAUCUUCAUAUUCAUAAAUUUGUCAAUUUAAUACAAAUAGCGUUACAAUUAUAUGAAUCAGAUGCGUACUAAUUUCUAUUCAUCAGCUUCUCAGUUCUCAAUUUGAUAGCAAUGAGCAGUGGGCGUUGGUGGUGACAGUUUAGUUAGGUUUUCCAGUGGUCACCGGAAAGAAAGUAACACUCGUGCCCGGACGAUGAACGCCGGCGUUCAAUUCUCCUCAGCAAGAUAAAGUGAAAAGCUCAAAACCUCCGGCGUUGAAAAUCGACGCGACAAUACUAUCUCUGAGAAAUCGAAUUGAAGAUUCUGCAGAAACCUCUAAAAUUUUCAAAAAUCUGGCAAUCAAUCGAGACGACGGCACCUCCUCUGUCCAAACCAAACAGUGCUGUUUCUUGAAGGUUUUGUUCUUAGAUAUCAUAUUUCUGGCAGUGGACAUAGAGGUUGAAGCUGCUAUUGGUGACAGUUCUGCUUCUGCUGAAAGGCGGUUAGAUUCGGGUGAAGAAAGUAGAGUUCAAGAACCAGUGGUGGGAAUGGAGUUUGAGUCUGAAGAUGCUGCCAAGGAAUUUUAUGACAACUAUGCUAGGCGUGCCGGCUUUGUGAUGCGCAUUGAUCAGUGUCGGAGGUCAGAAGUUGACAAGAGGAUUCUUUCUAGGCGGCUCUCGUGUAAUAAGCAGGGUUAUUAUGUGAAAAUGAAAGACCAAUUCGGGCCAGCUAGGAAGCCAAGAACGAGCACACGAGAAGGAUGCAAGGCAAUGAUGCUGGUAAAGGUUGAUAAGUCUGGUAAAUGGGUUGUUACCAGAUUCGUGAAGGAGCAUACUCAUCCAUUGAUUGUUUCUGGUCGCCCUUCCCGGAAUGCUAUGGACCAUAAAGACCGGAGGAUACAUGAGCUGACUAUGGAGUUGAACCGUCAGGAUAGGCUCUGUGAGUUGUACAGAGACCAGCUAAACACUUUGUUGAAAUAUAUUGAGGAGCAGAUUGAGGUUGUAUCUGGAAAAGUUCAAGUAGUUGUCAGCAAUGUAAACCAAGUUGAAAAAGAAGCACGGAAGCCACCAAAUCAAUAGUCUGCAAUACACACCCGCAUUGAGUUUUACCAAGUCGUAAAACUUCUCUUUUUGGGGGUGGCUGAGACUUGAGGAGUUGGUAUAACCUCUAAUGCCCCCCUGGUGGAGAUUGCUUCUGCAUUAGGGACAAUCGUCAAGAAUUGGGAAAUAGUCUGCCAUUUUUGUUGCAUAGAUGGAGCUUGAUCAAGAGCAGGAAGAAUGAGCUCAGGAUGGAAGAAGCCAUUCUGCCUUCUGGGCGGGCUACAUUGUUAAGGCAUAAUGCUAGUCUUUAUUGCAAUCUUGGUAUGAAUAUAGAGUGGAAGGUUUCAUUAAAGUAAAUAUGGAGUAUUUCUUGUUUCUAA